AUGCUGCCGCUCACCAGGCGCUCGCUCUCGGCUGCUUCUCGAACUAGAGCAUGCACCGGCUGGUCGCGGACUGGGAAUAUAUGGAAUCUUACGGAAUCCCGGCUCUAUACAUCAUCCGCGUCGUCGUUGUUGUUGUCCAAGGACGUAACCGGUGAUAAAAGACUGUAUUUGCACGUCGGGCCGGCGGGUGAUUGUUGGACCGGAUCAUCCAUCUUCGCCGCCAAGCACUUGCAGCCGGACUACGUCAAAUCCGUAGUUUUACCCAACAAUCUAUCCACUGCGGUGGUAGACGCCAUGCUUGAUGUAUUAGAAAGCGACCCCGCCAUGGCGCACGAGAUCUACGAUACGCAGAUUCUACCCGAAAAUCUCUUGGAACGAGUCCAAGAAAAGGAAGAUGUUAGAUAG